AUGAAAUUCACUACUAUUGCUGCUACUAUUGCUUCCAUUGUUGCUGUCGCUAAUGCUGCUCCAGCUGCCCCAACCGGUGACGUUACUGUUUCAAGACAAUCAUCAGUUCCAAUCUUCCAAGAGUUUCAAGAAUUAGAAAAGGAUGUCCAAGCCAUCAUUCAAGAUGUUCAAACUGUUAUCCCAUUGGUUUCUGGUAAUGCUUCUUACCCACAAGACCUUCGGGAAUUAAUUUCAUCUAUUUCCAAGUCCGUUAAAGAUGUUGAAAGUUUGGUUGGUGACAUUUCAUCUGACCUUAGUGGUAUCUUUGGUACCAACAAUUAG